AUGUCUGAGCCUACGAAUGAGCCUACAAAAGAGCCUCCGAAUAUGUCCACGAACGAAUCCACGAACGAGCCUGCCUCACCAAAGCAGUAUAGCACACGCUUAACCCGAGACGAUCGUAUUCGUGUUCAAACCUUGCGAGAAGCAGGAUUUACCUAUGAACAAAUAGCGAAACAACUCAAUAUUACACAAAAUCAGGUUCAAUAUGCGUGUCAGUCUAGUCAGGUUACUCCUAAAAAAGCGCGUGGAGCUCCACCUAAGCUCUCUGAAGCUCAAAUGGAUGAGAUCAUUGAGUCGAUAUUUUCAUCUAAGAGGAAUCGUUGCAUGUCAUAUCACAAGGUUAUCAAGGCGCUUAAUCUCAAUGUGGCACCAACUACACUCGCCUAUUCCUUGAAGAAAAGAGGUUAUAUACGAUGUAAGGCGCUUCGCAAACCUUACUUAAGUCCUGAAAAUCGACGGCAACGGCUUAUAUGGGCUCUAGAACAUAUACAAUGGACAUUUGAACAAUGGAAACAGCCUUUAUGGACGGAUGAAACAUGGGUUACAUCAGGCUCUCAUACUCUCAUUUACGUGACUCGUAAGGCUGGUGAAGAAUUGGAUGAUACCUGUGAAAAAGAAUGGAACUCUAUCAAUGCUGAGCGGUACUGUGAACGAACUGUGCCAUUGAUUGAUGGAUAUCUUCGGUUAAUGCGCCAGGAGGGUUUAUAUCUACAGUUGAUGCAGGAUGGAGCCCCAGGGCAUUCGAGUUCUUUUACGAAAGAAGAACUUCAUUCUCGAGGCAUAUAUCCCAUAUUAUAUCCAGACGAUGAAGAAUUAUCCUAUGAUCAGCUCCGAGAGGUAGUUCGAGCUGCAUGGGACGCAGUUCCUGAGAGCUUCCUUAUUCAGCUUAUUCAUAGUAUGCAGGCUCGUUGUCAGGCAGUAAUAGCCGCGGAUGGAGGAAAUAUUCCUUACUAG